GUCCCUCCCUCUCCGCCGCAGCUCUCCCAACCCUCAGACUGAAUCUCUAUCUCCCUCUUUCGAUUUCCAGCCACGGCAACCAGUGAUUGAAACUGUCUUUUUCGUUGCGCGGUGAAGGGUUGCGUUUAUCCGCACUUUUCCUGGCGGUUAAACGGGGGGGCAACAAAUAGAGCAGUUAACACGUAGAAAACAAGAUUGAAAACCAAACAAAACUUGGAUCUGUUUCGUUUGCGUUCCGUAACCAAAGCGGAACAUACCUCAAUCCCUCUUGUGAUUAUUUCCUCUUUUCUCUGGACGAGAAAAGGCUGUUGGAUUGGGUUCGAGCAGACGGGCUUCUUACUUUUCAACGACGUGGUAUAAGAAGUUUAUACAUAUUUUAGCCUAAACGCGGAGGUCACGUUUUACAUGUAGUAAAAGCGACUAAUUCCAUCCUGCUGGUUGACUGGCACCAAUUCUAAAGUUAGUUUCCAGAUGCAGAGUAAACAAACACGGUUUGCAAGCGACGAAAGACAUUGCCUGUCCGUGCAAGUGUUUACUUAGAGACCUUUUGCGUCUUUAAUCUUUGGGAGUUUUGAGGAGAGAGUUUUUGAGGAAGCUGGGCUUGUUUCUCGAUGCAUUGAAUGAAGAGGAACGUCCCAUGUGCGGCUUUCACUCUUUCUGACAACCCUUCAGGCUUAGGGGAUGUCCACGAGCUAAUCUGCUGGUGUGAGGACGAUUUGUUUUGUGGAAAUUUUGUGCCCACAAAAUAAUCAGAAGAGAAAGUUUCUCUGUGGUGCAUCUCACACAGCAAGAUCCCUUGAACUUGGGAACAUUGUAUCACCUACCUGAAGCAUUCCUUCAUCACCCAGUCUUACGUUUACAAGCGGAUCGAUUGGAAGUCUCACAUCGUGAGGCGUGACUGAAACUCACCGAGUCAAAAUGGCUAACAACACUGCAGACCACCCACCGGGGAACUCAGUCACCGAGGUCGACCACGAUGGGGACUUUGGCUGCACGAUGAUGCAGCUCCGUGAGCUGAUGGAGCUCCGCAGUGGUGAGGCGGUCAAUAAGAUUGCAGAAUGUUACGGUGAUGUGCAAGGGAUCUGCCGCAGGCUCAAGACCUCACCUAUUGAAGGCCUCUCUGGUAACCCUGCUGAUUUGGAAAAGCGCCACACAUCAUUUGGUAAAAACUUCAUCCCCCCCAAGAAGCCCAAGACCUUUCUGCAGUUGGUAUGGGAGGCCCUGCAGGAUGUCACCCUCAUUAUCCUGGAGGUGGCAGCCAUUAUUUCUUUGGGCUUGUCCUUCUACCACCCACAAGGGGAUGGCAACGACAACUGUGGCCAAGCAGCUGGGGGUGUUGAAGAUGAGGGCGAGGCCCAGGCAGGAUGGAUUGAAGGUGCUGCCAUCUUGUUUUCAGUUAUAAUCGUGGUGCUAGUGACGGCCUUCAAUGACUGGAGCAAAGAGAAACAGUUCCGUGGGCUUCAGAGCCGCAUAGAACAGGAGCAGAAGUUUACAGUCAUCCGCAAGGGUCAGGUCAUCCAGAUCCCUGUGGCUGAGAUCGUCGUGGGAGAUAUUGCACAAAUCAAAUACGGUGACCUUCUCCCAGCUGAUGGUAUCUUGAUCCAGGGUAAUGACCUGAAGAUUGAUGAAAGCUCUCUCACUGGGGAGUCCGAUCAUGUCCGCAAAUCUCUGGAGAAGGACCCCAUGCUCCUUUCCGGAACUCAUGUGAUGGAGGGAUCUGGCCGAAUGCUGGUCAGUGCUGUGGGCCUGAAUUCUCAGACUGGAAUCAUUUUCACCCUCUUGGGUGCCGGCAGUGAGGAUGAGGAAAAGAAGGUGAAGAAAGGUAAAAAACAAGGACCCCCCGAAAAUCGCAACAAAGCUAAGACCCAGGAUGGCAUCGCCCUGGAGAUACAACCUCUGAAGAGCGAGGAAGGUGCAGAGUCAGAGGAGAAGGAGGAAAAAGAAGAAAAGGAGAAAAAGAAGGUCAACGUUACCAAGAAAGAAAAGUCAGUCCUGCAGAGCAAGCUGACCAGGCUAGCGGUUCAGAUUGGAAAAGCAGGUCUCAUCAUGUCUGCAGUGACAGUCAUCAUCCUCAUCCUGUACUUUGUAAUUGAUACGUUCGGCGUCCAGGGUCGUGAGUGGACGGCGGAGUGUACUCCCAUCUACAUACAAUAUUUUGUGAAGUUUUUCAUUAUUGGUGUGACUGUGCUUGUGGUGGCCGUGCCUGAAGGGCUGCCUCUAGCUGUCACUAUCUCCCUGGCUUAUUCCGUCAAGAAAAUGAUGAAAGACAACAACCUGGUUAGGCACCUGGAUGCCUGUGAGACCAUGGGUAAUGCCACUGCCAUCUGCUCUGACAAAACUGGAACGCUGACUAUGAAUCGCAUGACAGUGGUGCAGGCUUUCAUAGGUGACACACACUAUAAAAGCGUUCCUGAACCAGAGGCCAUUAAUCCACAGACUUUGGAGAUACUGGUGAACAGCAUCUCCAUAAACUCAGCAUACACUACCAAGAUCCUGCCCCCAGAGAAGGAGGGAGGUCUGCCAAGGCACGUGGGUAAUAAGACAGAGUGUGCCCUUCUUGGUCUGGUGAUGGACCUGAAGAGGGACUAUCAGCCUAUUAGAGAUGAGGUUCCUGAGGAGAAGCUUUAUAAGGUUUACACAUUCAACUCCUCCCGGAAGAGCAUGAGCACCGUACUAAAGAACGCCAAUGGUCCUGGCUUCCGAAUGUACAGCAAGGGUGCCUCUGAGAUUGUCCUGCGCAAGUGUUCCCAUAUCCUUGAUGCUUCAGGCCAGCAACGCAUCUUCAAGGCCAAAGAUCGGGAUGAGAUGGUGCAGAAAGUGAUUGAGCCAAUGGCCUGUGAUGGGUUAAGGACCAUUUGCGUAGCCAUGAGGGACUUCACAACCGAGCCAGACUGGGAGAAUGAGGCUGAAAUUCUGAAUGACCUGACCUGCAUCUGUGUUGUGGGCAUUGAAGACCCCGUCCGUCCUGAGGUUCCUGAGGCUAUCUCUAAAUGUCAGCGAGCAGGCAUCACGGUCCGUAUGGUCACCGGAGACAACAUCAACACAGCCCGUGCCAUCGCCACCAAAUGUGGAAUCCUGCAGCCUGGAGAGGACUUCCUGUGCAUGGAGGGCAAAGACUUCAACCAGCAGAUUCGCAAUGACAAAGGAGAGGUUGAACAAGAGCGUCUUGACAAGGUCUGGCCCAAACUGCGUGUUCUUGCUCGUUCUUCCCCAACAGACAAACACACUCUGGUUAAAGGCAUCAUUGACAGCACAGUUGGAGAAACGAGACAGGUGGUGGCUGUGACUGGAGAUGGCACUAAUGACGGUCCUGCCCUUAAAAAAGCAGAUGUUGGCUUUGCUAUGGGAAUUGCAGGCACAGAUGUUGCAAAGGAGGCCUCUGACAUCAUCCUUACUGAUGACAACUUCACCAGUAUUGUCAAAGCCGUGAUGUGGGGACGAAAUGUCUAUGACAGCAUUUCUAAGUUUCUGCAGUUUCAACUGACUGUCAAUGUGGUGGCUGUGAUUGUUGCUUUCACUGGAGCCUGCAUCACACAGGACUCUCCACUUAAAGCUGUUCAGAUGUUGUGGGUAAAUCUGAUUAUGGACACACUGGCUUCUUUGGCUCUGGCAACGGAACCCCCAACAGAAUCACUCCUACUGAGAAGACCUUAUGGCCGUGACAAGCCACUCAUUUCCAGGACUAUGAUGAAGAACAUCUUGGGUCAUGCCGUUUACCAACUUAUCAUCACAUUUACUCUUCUCUUUGCUGGUGAGAAAUUCUUUAGCAUUGAUAGCGGCCGGAACACCCCUCUCCAUUCACCACCGUCUGAACACUACACCAUCAUCUUCAACGUCUUUGUCAUGAUGCAGCUCUUCAACGAGAUCAAUGCCCGCAAGAUCCAUGGAGAGAGGAAUGUGUUUGAGGGAAUCUACCGGAACCCCAUUUUCUGCUGCGUCGUACUGGGAACCUUUGCUCUGCAGAUCAUCAUUGUGCAGUUUGGAGGGAAGCCAUUCUCUUGCACGGCCCUCACCAUCGAUCAGUGGCUCUGGUGUGUGUUCAUAGGUGUUGGUGAGCUGCUCUGGGGCCAGUUCAUCACUGCCAUCCCUACCCACCGCCUCAAGUUCCUGAAGGAGGCCGGUCACGGCAUCCCCAAAGAGGACAUCCCUGAUGAGGUGCUAACUGAAGGUGCGGAUGAAAUUGACCUCGCUGAGAUGGAGCUGCGCAGGGGACAGAUCCUGUGGUUCAGAGGACUCAACCGCAUCCAGACUCAGAUUAAGGUGGUGAACGCAUUCCGUAGCUCCCUGUACGAGGGCCUAGAGAAGCCAGAAUCCAGAAGCUCCAUCCAUAACUUCAUGUCCCACCCUGAGUUUGUACCCCUGUCCGAGGAGGAACCCCGCGUCCCCACGAUAGAUGAGGGCUGUGUAGAGAUCGAGCAGCUCCCCUCCUCUUCCAGAAAUGGAGGUGGUGGCGAACCCCCAGACCGCUCUCUUCACAGCCAGGAAUUCUGCGUGUGACCCUCCCACCAUCCUCCAUUCUUCAGUGCAACUGCCCCAAAAUCAUCAUCUUUUUUUGUUCUGUUUUAAAACACUCUACCGGUGGAGCCCUGCUGAUGCACAUCUGAGAGACAGCAGCACCUACAGCAGCUGAUGGGGCGUCCAUGAUCCCUUUGUCCUCUCCUCCAUCUCCCCCACUCCUCUGCCCCUCUCGACUUGCACUGUGUCGGCGGCAGCAGCAGCGCUCUGUAAGUACAUGCGGCUGUCCUUCAGCCCAUGUGACGCAUGGCCUAACUUACACACUAGAGGGCGAAGCUGCGGCAAACGCCCUCUCUCAGCCUGUCACUGGCAUUUUUAUCUCUUCUACAGUUCUGAGUUUUCUCAUUUUUAUAUUGUCAUGUCUCUGGUCUUGUGUAAUGCUGUAAUCAUUUAUGUUAUUUGUCCCAGGACUCUCAUUUACAUAGUUUUUUUUUUUUUUUUUUUUUUUUUGCUGAUACAGUCGAUUGCGUUCAUGCACUCAAUUGCUGUUUUAAUAGAUUUCUUCUUUUCUCUCUCAAUUUGCUGUUUUAAGGUGGAUUGAAAAACAUGGCAGUAAAGUUACCCAUGUUCUUUUAGUUUUUAAAAUGAUUUUAUGUUCUAAUGGACAUUUUAAGUUGUUCAGACACACUACGUUCUUGUCAUGUUUUCAGACAUUGUGACAUACGAUGCUGUUAGGCUCAUUUUGGGUGUUCUGUCACUUUAUAUGUACAGAUGUAAGGCUGCUAUAGUGCACGUUAGCAGAAUAAAAGACUAUAAUAAACUUGUUUGAUAGCCAUGACUUUAGAAUACCUGAUUGGCUCUUAAGGGGGCAGGGAGGGUCAUCCAACACAUCAUCUCAUUGAAAUCACACCCACCGGGCAUCUCUAGUCUCUUGUUUAAUGCUCAUCUGCCUCAAAACAAAUGCCCUGGCUAAUUGACCAAGUACUUUAUCAAAGGUACAGCACCUCACCAUAGUGUGCAUGUAUCUGUCUUUAGGCUCAUCUGUGUCUGAUUGUAUAGGAAUGGGAAUUGCAAUGCUAAUCUUUGAGAUUUCGACUAACGACUAGAAUUUUCCUUUUACUUGUUUCUUCGUUCAGAAAAAAAAAAAAAGCGGUAGAAGUGAUUCUUUCAAAUCCAGUCUUUUUCUCACCUCAGUUCUGCAGGUAGGUGUUCUCCUUGUUAUCUAACAUCAGGCUGUGCUCUUCAUAAGGUCCAAGUUACGCAGAGAGCACUGAUAGAGCUCCAAAAUCCCAUCCUUGAGCUUAGCCUCCAAGGGUAACGAUACUGCACGUAGUAAGCAUGCUUUUGCUAUUAAAAAAGUAAAGAAAACACUCCAACACACAAUAGCAUGCGGCAAGGGCCUCUGUUGGACCCUGUGAGCUCUGUUGAAACCUGGAUAACAAACUAGAUCGGACUGUUUCCGUAAAAGCGCGGCCUCAACAACAUGUGCUUUUUAUUAGCUAAAACAUACUACUGCCACAGACCAACCUUUUGCUCAUACCAGUCUAGGUUCAAUGAAUUCCUCAAAUUACACCUUUUUCUACUUGCUCAGAGCCAUAUUUUAUAGAUUGUUCUUUUAUAUCCCAUUGUUUUUGCAGUUUAUUUUGUAUUUCCAACCAAAUUCGAAAAACACACAGAGAGUCACUGCCUAGAGAAAAAAAGGCAGGGGGGAACAAAACAAAAAAAACUAGAUGGACCACUUUAAUGUUUACGGAACGGUUCCACAGCAGUCGGCUAAUGCUGCACUUCCCCCUGCUGGCAGUUUUUGUUAUUUCGCUUAAGUGGAACAUGGUAUGUUAUUGUGGGGAAGCAUGCAUGAAUUUCAUAUAAAACUCAAUGUUUUGUUCCUUUUUUACAAUUGUUCUGUAUUUUUAUAUUAAGUACUUUUUAAUAUUUUGGAAAAAAUAUAAAUAUAGGUGUAUAGGCCAGAGAGUUUGGUGAGAUGACAAAUUAGCAAAAUAAGCAGUUGAGUACAUAUUGCAGUUAUUUAUAUAUAUAUAUAUAUAUAUAUAUAUAUAUAUAUAUAUAUAUAUAUAUAUAUAUAUAUAUAUAUAAAUUUAGGCCACGUUUGUAACCACAUGCGGUGUCAGAUUCGAUGUCUGAGCUGAGAAAGUUACGUGUUUACUGUAAAGUCAAGGGGUCUGGUCGAGUUCUCAACAGAAGAGCGAGCAUUUAUUGGCCUUAUCCCAAUUUGUGUACUCCAAACCUGCAGCGACAGAUAGAUGUGCUGGCCAUGCAAAGUCUUUCAAAUAUUCAAGUAAUUCAAGUUGCCACAUAAUUAGAAUCUAUUAGACUACAGUAGGAAAUGUUAAUUAAAGGUUUUGAGGUCUUCAAAUUCAACUUCUGUGUUCUUUUAGACUGAAAACAUUGUAAUUUAUUUGCGAUUUCCAAAUGACCCAUUAAAGUAGCAAAGAGUCGGCUAUGGAAAAUAAUUGAGAUUAUUACUUAUCAUUACUCUGUGUUUUCAUUAUUUUUAACUUCGAUUUGUCUUUGUGAAAAUGUUUUUUGUCAUACUCUGGAUACAAAUUAAGCAUACAUACUGUAUGUUACACAAAAGUACAAAUGUAUAUGACUUCAUGUGGAAGCAGUCAAAUGGUUUCCAGUUAGAGCUUUAUAUAAAUUCUGCCAAAGUGUUGCUUUGUACAGUCAGUUCUGACAUAUGUCUUUGUUCUUGUUCAUUUAGAAUAAUUUAUAACUGGAUUUCAUCCUUGUUUGAAUUCCUAAUGUUUUUUUCGUUUUGUUUUGUUUUUUUCUCUCUCUCCAUGAGGAUCUGAAAUAUGCCCCCUUCAGUUUUAUUUCUUCAUUGCUUGGACAUGAUUGAUGCAGAAAAAAAGGGGGGAAUGAUCAAAUUGUCUUUAAUUCUUUUCUCUUUUUUUGGUUCCCUGUAAUACCUUUUUAGAACAAUUUCUGUUAUUGCACAUGUUUGUCAUGCAUUGUGUAAACCGAGCAUUGCUUCAAGGUGCCGUGCAAUAACUGAAUUUUAUCGCAUUACUACUCUACUGACGUUGUCUGACAGUUCUUGUUUGUUUUGGACGGGAGGUAAUGAUUCACCACAGCUGUAAAUAAAAGAUUGUGUUUUAAAACUGGAAUAUAACAUUAAGUUAUAACCACUUAUUUUGCAUAUAUUUAGUCCAAUUACAUCUGAUGUUGAGUGAAAAUGAAAAUUGUAUUUGAUUGUGGGGGAAAGCAGUCAAUAGAACAUCCAAUUUCUGUAAUUCAUAUGAAACACAGUAAUAUACACUGGUGUUAUUUUUGUAUAAACAUAAUAUCAUCUAUGUGGCAUGCAUUACUUAUAAACAAAUUGGUGGUUCAAAGCAA